GCAAACUUUAGCAAACUUCAGAAACUUUUGCAUGUGUGAGUUACAUGGUAUCUUGUUAAGGUAUAGAUUCAGAUUUAGCCUGUUUGAAGUGAAGUCUGACACUAUUUCAAAAAAGUGACACCAAAGUUAAGGUUUGGAGACCACAUUUUGGUGGCAGUUAUUUAGUGAGUCUUAAUUUGGAGGUGUUAAGAAUAUCUUUUUAAAUCUGAUACCGAAAUGUAUAAUUUCAGAAGGAUCGUACACUCAGUCAAUACUGAUUUUCUACUAAGUAUUUUACCGGGUGAUCAUGAUCUCUGUGUCAUGGAGCUUUCAUCAUAGUUGGAGACAAACCAUCAUAGAGUAAAUAAGCCAGGCAUGUCAGAUAGACAUGCUGCAGGCCAGUAUACCAAGGCUGGGAAGACAGGCUUUGGGUUGGAGGAGUGAAUGGAAUGGCUGUUAGGUCAUCCAUCUCUGGAGGCGUCUUGGCCAGAAACCUGAAUACCAGUGUCUGAGGGUAUGGCUUAGAUCUAAAAUGUCCCUCAGAAGCCUCAUGUAUGUAGAAGUGGGGCUUGUGGAACGUGACUGCAUCAUGGGGGUGCUGUACUUGUCAGUGGGUUCAUCCAUGGCUGAGUUCACUGCUGAAUGUGUUGUUAGGAGAUGAGUCUUGGUUGGAGUUGGGUCACUGGGAUUGCAACCUAGAAGGAUGCUUUCUUUACCCAGCUCCUCCCUUCUCUCUGCUUCUGGCUUCCAAAAAGUGAGCAGCUUUGCUCUGCCAUGUCCUUCCACCAUGAAAUUUCUGCCUUGGGGCCAACUGACCAUGUACUAAGUUCCCUGGACUGUGAGCCAAAUUAAACCUCUCCUUUAACUCUUCAGAGGUUGUAGCUGACAUGAGAGAUGCAAACAAAUUCUUCUUAUAUAUUGUUAAGGGGUAGCAUCAGAUCCAGGACCUUGGCAGGGUUAAGUUCUGGGUGUUGGGUAUUGUGUUUUCAAAAGCCACAGAUCAACCAGCAUGACAGGAACAGUCAAUAAGGAAGAGAAGGAGACAUCUAAGAGGCAGAGGGGCCAGGUCCUAGAGGACAAAGGAGGCCAUAGCAAGGAUGCUGCUUCUGCUUACUGGAGCCUCUCCUUAGAUGUUAAAGGAGCCACAGCCUCCUUUUUAAGAACCACAGAGUAGGUUUGAAAAAUGCAUCUGAAAUCCAGAAGGAGGAAGUAAGCAAGCUCUGGACAGAGCCUGGCUUGGACCCUCAGUGACUGCAGUGCUUAGAGCGCUAGGCACAUCUGCUUGUGGCAUUUCAUGUUCCUAUUUGCUAACAGCAACACUUUACCAGGCAACCUUUAGUUCUCCUUCCUGUCUCUGCCCAGUGCAGAUGCCAGAGUAUCCCAGGCCUCCCCAGGGUGUGCCUACAAGAUUGGCGUCUUUUCUUUAUUUCUUCACCUUCAAAAGACCAGUCAAAGCUUCACAUUAGCCUUAGCCUUCUUUGUUAAGUUCUAAUAGCUAAAAUUUGGCUUCCUUCACCAUUUCACUCUGCCCUGGAGGGGCCUGAGCACAAUAUGGCAAUCUGAAUUUAUGCAGUCUCCAUUUCUUAAGUGUCUCUUGGACAGCAACUGUCUCUUAGCUCUCCCGUGUAGAGGGCUGGCUGGAGAUUGCAGCAGUCUGUGAAACAGCUGCCAGAUCAGGAUGAAGAUUUAGCCCAUGCUUUAGUUUUCCCAGAGAUACUUUUAGCCCCCUAGAUUACAGGAAAGAAAAAUGCACUGACAUUCUGCUUUCAAAAAUUAUUUCUAACUCAUCCUUUCCUUGACAUGCAGCAGGAGAUAGAAGAUUUAAAAUCGCAAUUCUAAUUUGACAGUGAUGAAUGUAAACGCCAAGAAACCACGAUGCCUCUUGGUGACCUUGAGAUCAAGUGGUUAAGAAAGGGCCCUUGAGCAAUUGUGGGCCUCAAUUUCUUUGUCUAUAAUGAAAGUAUUGAAUAAAACAAGCCUCCAAUUCAGAGGCAACUAUAUGAAAGAUCCUCCCCUAAACACAACACACACACACACACACACCAAAUCCCUUUUACAUACAAACAGUAAAACUCUAUUGCACACACUCAACCAUACACAUGCAUACAUAGGCCCCAAACAAUAAAACCUUUUUAUUAUACUAUAAGCAUAUUUUGCUUUACCAAUUUAUCCCUUAGAAAAAUAUUUUGCAUUAAAUUACUUAGUAAGUUGAACUCUUGUUCCUCAUUUCAUAUGGUGACCACACUUGAGGAUGCAGGAAUGAGGUACACUGGGAAGCCAUGCUGUCAAUGGAGUUGGAGAGGGCAUCUUGACAGAAACCUCUGGUCAAGAAACAAUGGGUAGGGUGGGCAUAGGUGUCCACCUCAUCAGAAGGAUGCCAGCCCCAGACACUCUGUAAAAGGCAGCAACUAGACAUGGGGCAGGCCCUUUUAACAGCCACUCUUCUAUCUCUAGUGCCGAGAACAGUACCUGGCACACCAUAAGUGCUCAAUAAAUAUUUGUUGAAUAGAUGGAGCUAGUAGCAGUCUCUCUUUUUUCAUAGGAACAGGCCCAGAAGCACAGAAGAGAAGGUAACAUAAACCUCUAAUGUUACUCGCUUUUCAGUGAAUCACACCUCGUGAGCAAUUUGAUCCUGAAUUUUGAACCCCUCAGAGGGGUUGCUGUAAUUUGGAUCUCCAAUGUCUCUCACAAGCCUGUGUGCUAAAGGCUUGGCCCCCAGGGCAGCAAUAGGGGUGGGUGGAGCCUUUGAGAGAUGGAGACCCAGUGAUAGGCUCUUAGGUCAUUGGCUGUGUGCUGUGGCUGGGGACUGCGGGACCCUGGUCCCUUCCUCCUCUUCUGCUUCCCACCCAUGAGGUAAGCAGGUUUCCUUCACCACACACUUCCACCACCAUGAUUUGCUCAACACAGGUCUGAAGUAGUGGAACUGACUAUGGACUGAAACUUCCAAAACCAUGAGCCAAAAUAGCUUUUUCCCUGUGUAAAUUUAUUGUUUCAGGUAUCUGUCAUAGCGAUGGAGAAUUGACCUACACAGAGAUAAAGAAUUGACCCAUUCUUCCCAACCCGUCUCUCUCUUUCUCCACUGGUGGGGUUUAAAUGUGUCACCAACUAGUAUGUUAUAAUCUAUCACUGGUCCAUGACCAGCAUAAUUUAUAAAACUCCUUUCAGAAAGGAUUUGUAUUCACAAUAAUCCUUUACUUAUUAUCUAAAUUUAAGUGUCUAUUAAUUGGAUUUCUUAAAUCAAAAUUAUUUGUACUAAAGAUAUGCAUCUCACAUGUUCAGUGGAUUUUUAUAGUUAGCAUAUCUUUGCUCCUAAGAUGAAAGACUAUGAGGGUGAAAUAAAAAAUUUUUUAAAAUAGUUCAAAAUUCUCAUAGUCCUCUCAGUAAUGUCCUGCUGAUCAAGAAAAUAAACCAGAGUUAAUUUAGCUUUGCCAAUGGUGCACCAUUAUGGGUAUCAUUUGUGUGCAAAAGAGAUGAGGAGUUUGGCUGUCUUUGGAAAAAUCUGAUGCUAAGGAGUCCCUGGAGUCUGGGAGCCAUGAUGAAAGUAGGGGUGGCGGACCCUUCUCAUUGGCCAGGGCUAUUUACCCAGAGGUCUGGCUUUCACAUAAAAGAUGGGAACCACUGCACUCAGUCCCCACUUCUAGUCAAAGAGUGCCAGUCAAAACAGCAGAAAAAGGAAGAUGGCAAGAAUAUUGUUGCUUUUUCUCCCUGGUCUGGUGGCUGUAUGUGCGGGGCAUGGAGUAUUUAUGGAUAGACUUGCUUCCAAGAAGCUGUGUGCGGAUGACGAGUGUGUCUGUAAGAAGCUUUUUAUGCUUUUCAUUACCUUUGUAUUAUAUAAUUGAAAGGCAAUCCACUAACAGCAUAGAAUUGAAUUGUACUUUGAAGUGAAUCUUCUUUAGUAUGUAUUUUAUCAGCAUUAGGUCUCGUGAUCUGUAAGUUUGGUAUCUGACAGUAGAGAAUUCACUUGGCUGAGACUUUGUUGUUGCUCUAGUAGUUUGGCUCUAAUUUUUCUUGAAUUGAGCCCCAGCUCCACCCUGGGUGGUAUUAGUUAGUCACUCUGACUUCCUAGUUUUCUUAUGCUUUACCUUUUUACUAUUAUGAAAUGUAGUCACUUCUAUUUAUUUUUUUAUCUUCCAGAUACUAUUUCUCUGGCUAGAGCCCAAGAAGAUUAUAAUGCCCCAGACUGUAGAUUCAUUAAUGUUAAAAAAGGGCAGCAGAUCUACAUUUACUCAAAGCUGGUAAAAGAAAAUGAAGCUGGAGAAUUUUGGGCUGGCAGUGUUUAUGGUGAUCACCAGACUGAGAUGGGAAUCGUGGGUUAUUUCCCCAGCAGCUUGGUCAAGGAGCAACGUGUGUACCAGGAAGCCACCAAGGAAGUUCUCACUACAGAUAUUGACUUCUUCUGUGAAUAAGAAAUUAAACUGCAGGUGAAAAGGAAACAUCAAAACUGAAGAAAAAUAAAAGCAAAAACAACCAAAAAUGCAUGUAUCUAUUUUCUGGCUUUCUGAAAAGAGUUUGUUAUGCUAGAGGAGGGCUGGAGCUGGGGCAUAAAGGUAACAGGUAAAAGAUUUUCAACUUGUUUUUUGCUGGCUUGGUUUUUUCACAAGCUGGAGCAAGACAACAUUUGGCUUAAAUGAGUGAAUUAAAACCAAAGUUAUUUUGCCGCCUAGGGAAGCUUUCCUUACUUUGAGCAUGCAUACAGAAGAUGGUUUAUGAUGACUAUUUCUAAAUACUAAUUCUUUCCAGAUCUUUGCCUCUCCAUAUAAACACAGGUGAGUCAAAGGUCUUAUCUUUGGGAGUAAUGAUUUUUAGUUAUUUGUACCUAAGUUAAGGGCUGGAUCAUUAAGGAGUAUUCUAGUAUUUUUUUGUUACUUUUAACAUUUGAAAUUUGGAUUUGAAGCUGUGAAUUAAAAGAAACCAGGUUUUUUGAACCCAUAGAUGCUGAGACUAUGGUUUUGAAUUUCUUUUUUAAAAAAGUUUCACAAAUUAAUUCAAUUCAAUGAUUUUACUUCUAAAUGAUCAACUUACCCCCCUGUUAAAUAAUCAUAUAAUGGUUAUAUUCUUUUCAGUAUGAACUUUCAUUGAGUGUUAUACAAGCUUUAAGUCAUCAAAAGACUGUGGAUUCUUUUCUCUGCUUCUAUUUCAACUUUUACUUUCUUCUUUCUAUGAAAAUUUCCCUCAUUAUGUGUAAUGUACCGGUAUCAAUAAAUAUGAUGAGAAGAUGCAGGUUUUAA